AUGACGGUACAGACUCUAAUUUCGGAUGUACAAGCAGUUAAUCGGAUAGCGUUUUGCUCUAUGGGCGGACAAAUUCACAACGGCUUUUUCAUUGACCGUGCCGCCGUUACUGCCCCAUCCGUGAUCAGUCCGAUCCGAGCUUGAGAUCGACCAGUGGCAGUGCAGUCAAAGUGCAGUGCAGCGCCUGGGUCCUGGGAAAAUAAAAGCCUGAAUUCUGAAGCUGUAACUUAAGUUGAAUCAGACAUUGUUCUGUGCUGAAGUCUGUGAAUCUUCGACAGUUUCAAGAUCAGAUUCAGAGUUUCCGUUUAUCUCCGACGAGUCCCGAGACCAUCCUCGACUGACUCGCUAGAUCGCUGACUAAAUUGGAUUUGGAACUCAGUGUCAUUUCCAAAAACUAAAGCCUUAGUUUAGGCAAGUACAAUACAGAUAGUCACAAGGAAAGAGCCGGCCAUCAUUUACACUGUCAGUCAGAAUGGAAAGCUUCUUCAUUCAACACCUAUAACACAUCCAUCUUCUGCUACCCCUUGGGAGUGAAAGGGAAACCACUUUCUUGAGAAGUUCCUCUGGAGGAUUCCAUCAAGAGCACAAAUCCAAGAUGCAAAGUGAGGCCUCCUGCAUGGAGCUGGCCCUAGAAGGCGAGAGGUUAUGCAAGGCGGGGAACUGCCGAGAAGGAGUCCGCUACCUGGAGGCUGCCGUGGAGGUCGGAACAGAUGACCUUAAGACACUAAGUGCCAUCUACAGCCAGCUAGGCAACGCGUACUUCUUCCUUGAAGACUAUGGCAAGGCCCUGACCUAUCACAAGCACGACCUGACCCUGGCGACCUCUAUUGGGGACAGACUUGGAGAAGCCAAAGCCAGUGGUAACAUUGGUAAUACACUAAAAGUCCUCGGAAAGUUUGAUGAAGCCAUCUGCUGUUGUCAAAGACAUUUAGAUAUAUCAAGAGAACUCUCGGAAAAGGUAGGAGAAGGCAGGGCGCUGUACAACCUCGGCAAUGUGUACCAUGCUAAAGGAAAGCAUGCUGGGCGGAGCGGGCAUCAAGACCCGGGAGACUUCCCACAAGAAGUUACAGACUGUCUCAAGCAGGCUAUACAGUUUUAUGAAGCCAACCUAGCAAUAGUCAGGGAGCUCGGAGACAGGGCGGCGCAAGGAAGAGCCUGUGGUAACCUUGGCAACACGCAUUAUCUUCUUGGCAACUUCGAGACGGCCAUACAAUUCCACACAGAGCGGCUUGCUAUAGCAAAAGAAUUCGGAGACAAGGCAGCAGAGAGGCGGGCUUAUAGUAACCUAGGAAACGCAUGUGUCUUUAUGGUGCAGUUUGAAGUGGCUGCAAAAUAUUACAAGAAAGCUUUGCAUAUUGCAAGGCAGCUCGGUGAAUUGGCAAUGGAGGCCCAGGCGUGCUACAGUCUAGGGAACACUUACACUUUAUUACGGGAGUAUGAGAAGGCUGUGGAAUACCAUGGUCGACAUAUGGAGAUAGCUCAAGAACUCAAUGACAGAGUUGGAGAAGGCCGGGCAUGCUGGAGUCUAGGGAAUGCUCAUACGUCUUUAGGAAACCAUGAAAAAGCUCUUCACUAUGCAACACUACAUCUUCAAAUAUCAAGAGAGGUUGGAGAUAGAACAGGAGAAGUCACAGCCAAGAUGAAUUUACAAGAUUUGCAAAGUCUCUUUGGUAUAAGUACCAGUGAUAUUAGUGAUGUCAGUACAACUGUUCAAACCCCAUUACAAGAAACUAAAGGUGCUAGACCCCGAAGAAGGAGAAGUAUGGAGAAUUUAGAACUUGUUGCCAUGACGCCUGAAAAGAAAGCAGAAAUCAGCCAAGUCCCUAAAAGGAAAAUUAGGCCGGGGAGUAAGAUCAAAUUAAAGAAUGGCGGAGAAUCCAAAGAUAAGCAGAGCCUUAAGCAUUCCAAGGAGCCAGUUAGCAGUGCCAAGAAUAGUGCGCCCGCCCCGUCCAAAGCUAAAACACAGACCUCAGCACGGAAGGGAGGCGAACCCACACAGAUGCUAGAUGAUGCCGAUAACUUCUUUGAGGCCCUCAGUCGUUUCCAGAGCAAUAGAAUGGAUGAGCAAAGAUGCUCGUUUGGCAGACUACAGAAGAAGCUAGCAGACGAGGAGGGAAAUGGAUUACCCGAAAAGGAAGAACUCUUAGACGAGAUCGCCAAACUCCAGGGUAGCCGUCUCAACGAGCAGAGGGCAUCCUCCGCCCAACGGUUACCAGGGCUACCGGGUCUGAGGGCCAAUGAAGACGUUGUAGGGAAGCUAUUAGCCAAAGGAGAUCGAGCCGAACCAGAUGAUGACUUCUUUGAGAUGAUCAUCAGGUGUCAGGGGGCCAGGAUAGAGGACCAGCGCAGCACGUUACCCAUACAGGUCCCCGCCCCCACCGUCCCAGACGAGGACUUCUUCAGCCUGAUCCAGCGCAUCCAGUCCAAGCGCAUAGAAGAGCAGCGAACCAUACCACCGUGGGAAAAGGGUUCUGGUACAUCCUGUGUGUGUUUUUAUGACUAUGACACUAGCCACGCCGAAGGAACAGCCUGCUGCGUCUACAUUAGACCUGUCCAAGAAUCUCACCUUUGAACUUUGACCUUUAGUGCAUCAUAUGUGACUUUCAUGCAGACCAAUUUGAAUCAAUAUUUUAAAGGGCAUAGGAAUGAGCCCCCCCAUGAUAUAUUCUUAUAUGUCCACCCCUACAUGGUUCAACUUAAGUGUGCACUAAGCAACUGAACUAAUUCCAUCAAAUCCAGUUGAAGUCAGUUUAAUUGUGAUUAAACGUAGUUCAAUCCGAUCAGUUUCAAAACAUUCUCCAUCCAAUUGAAUUCCACCAGUAAUCCAACCCAAUUGAAUGGACUACUGUUUAUUACAAAAAUCAUUCAAAGACAGUGUGCUUUCAAUCAAUUUGGUUCAAAUUCAUAUAAAAUCAGUCUAUUCCCGUUCAAUCUGAUAAUUCGAUCCCAUACACUGUGUUCGCAUCGAUACCUGCAUAGAAAAAUGG